AUGGCGGAUCAACGAGAUUUGGUGCAUCUCAACCGUUUGAAAUGCUUCAACGAUGCUGUUUUUGCCAUAGUAUCGACCAUUUUGAUUCUUCCCAUCCGCAAAAUUCCAGAAAACUCCUCUAUAGACCUUGAAACUGAGCUGGGUAAACGAUGGAAUCAGCUUGUAGUGUAUUUCAUAUCGUUUCUCGUUAUUUGCUCUGUCUGGGAAUCCCAUGUGCACCGUUUUAAGAUUCUUGCCCAUGUAGACGAUGUGUUAGUUUGGUUGAACCUAACUUCUCUCAUGUUUACCUCGUUUUUACCGUUUUCGUGUGCACUGGAGGGAAAGUAUCCGACAAAAUACCUUCCUUUAAUGCUGAUUUGUGCUGACAUGUUACUUGUAGAACUUCUCGAAGUGGCUAUGAUUUUCUAUUCCUUUCACCAUGACUACUUACUGAUAGACGAACUAAAAGACCUCUCUAAGGAACAACAGAAGGAAAGAAGAAACUAUAUGUUGGCGAAAAAACUUCUUAAUCCAAUACUGUAUAUUUUGGCUGGAUCUCUGAGUCUCGUCAAUUCUCUUACUUCCUGGGUUGUGAUUUCUAUCGUCAUCAUCACGCCCUGCAUCCAUCGUCUAAUUGGCUUCAUCUUUCGAAAAUGCCAGUUUGCUCGUGUGGCUGGAGCAGAUUUUGAUCUUAUGUUCGGUAACUACAUCGACACAGAGAGGGUAGAAUGUUUUAGUGACGGAGUAUUCUCGAUUGUUUCAACUCUGCUGGUAUUGGACAUCACAACUGAGAAUUUGCCAUCUGAAAACUGUGUCGCGCAAAUUGGAAUCGACAGAGCUGUACUGAACAUGUGGCCGAAGUUCAUGAUAUAUGCAGCAAAUUUCAUUGUGAUUGCUCUAUUGUGGUUUAUCCAUCACUCUCUCUUCCACUGCAUCAAAAAAAUGAAUCAAUUCAUGUUGGUUUGCAACAACGUUUCUUUGGCUUUCGUUGGUUUCUUUCCCUUUAUUGUUGCCAUUUUGAACAAGUUUGCUGACAAGCCUAAGACACCCGAUGACAGCACAAAGCUUGCUGUGCAGUGUGGCUCAGUGGUCAUAUUUAUGGCAAGUAUGUCUCAAGCUGUUGUAUUUGUUGCUGCACUGUGGAAAGGUCCAUCCCAUCUGGAACCAAAGGUGAACCCAGCUGUUUCCAAAACGAGUCACUACUACUUGACUUUGAAACUUACCAUUUUACCUGUUAUUAGUCUUGCAGCAUACAGCAUUGCAAUUACAGCAAGUGCUUUAAUAAUCUAUAUUGCUUUCCAUGCUGGUGCAUUUGUAACUCCAUUCUUGUUCUUAGCACUGAAAUUCUGCUGGGGCCAUAGGGAAGUGGGUGUUUUGAGACACGAUGUUGCCAUGGAUCCUGACUUGGAGACCUGGGUACCUCCCCCUCACAGAAGUAGGUUGCGUGUUCAAAAGAAUUUCAUAGGUGACACUACUUUAUCACAGUCAUUAGCAUGCUAAGAAAAUCUAAAUAAUUUCAGACUUAUGGUGGCCCAAAAUAUUUUUGCUGUUUUUUGAUGCAAAUUCUUUGUUGAAUGUUUUCUACCCUAUGUUUAAGUUGACAAAAAUUAUACUGGCUCUAAACUGAAUGUUCUGAAUUGUUUGAACUUUGCACAAAGGUGCAUCUUGAAAUGUUGACUAUAUUUCAGUAAACAACAACUGGUGUCACAUUCAUCAUUUUUUGAUAGUUUUAGGGGUUUUUGUUAAAGUCAAAUCUAAUUAUGGUGUUUCUACAGGCUCAAGCAUUGAUACUACAACCUUACAAAUAAUAAAACUGGUCCAAAUUUGUUUUUAAAUAAUUAGAUAAUUUAGUAUUAUCAACUGAGUUAAUAAUACUAAAUUACCCUGUUAAACUCACCCACCAAUGCAGCACCUCAGUUUCUUUAGAAACUUAACCCCCUUUAUUUAAAUAAUUUAUUUUAUAUCACUCCAAAGGAAACAAAAGAAAAAGUGUUGAUGCCACAAUCCAUUAAAGAAUUGGUGUUCAAAAAAGUGGCACAACCAUUUUGAGCAACCUUUAAAUGACCUAAACUGGUCCUAAAGAUUCAGAUGCAUGGAAAGGAUGGUGUCUGAAUCAAGGAGAAAUACAGGAAUAUCACCUGUCAGAUAUUCGUAAUAGUUCUCAUUUACUAUUUUCUUUGUGAGAUAAUAAUAUUUUAUGUUCAAGUUCAUUACAGAGCUCUUGCAAAAUACCCGGACAUCUUGAUCUGGAGUUUAGGUUAGCAAUGAACAGGCUUGGACCUCUCCAUGCUGUUAUUUAUACCAAUUCCUAUUUAAUUUUAGGAGGUAAGACUCCUGUGAGGUUUCAUUUACAAUUAUGUUUUGCAAGCAAAUUGUGUUGUUAAGGUUAUAAGAUGUUUUGUAAGGGUAAUGAUGGUAUACAUAAAUAAAGCAUGUUUGUUUUGCAAACAUUUUCCUCUCUCCAAAAGCAAUUUUAAAUUGCAGCUAUGUUAAUUAUGGAAAUAGUAUCUUCCCAAUAUUUUGUGAUGUUGUGUCAUCUCUAAGAUCAAGAAAACUAGUGUAAACUUUUGGAGCAACGUGGUUUCCAAAGAGAAGUCAAUUAAAAUCUCACCCUUUUGUGAGUCCAAUUCCAUUCAACAAUCUUUAACUAAAUAGACUGUAGCUUCUGUAGAUACUUUAUCUGACAGAUUACUUUGCCUACUAAUUUUAAGUAUUGAGUUAACAAAAUUUUUCGAAAGGUAUUGUUAGUACCUGAAUUAGAGAAAUUAUAAGUUUGCAAAAUUUAUUUUGCAAAGAAAGAUAAUGUAUAUUGCAUGAGAGAAAAAGGAAAAAUCAUAUUUUGUAAUAAAACACAGUUUAAACUAAUACAAGUCAAUUGAUACAUAAUGUUUAGAACCUAAGGCAGUUGAGAUAGCUGUUUGCUUGAAAGGCAAUAAUAAAUGCGUUUUCAAAAAUCAACGUGAGUAGAUUUUUACUUUACACUGAACAGUUUUAAAGGCCAAUAUCCUCUGGAUGUUGGCCGUCACGCGAUCUCCCCAUCAACAACUAUUGGAAGGGGAACGUUGCGUGACGCUAAACGCCGGAGGACUUUACCUUAAUGCCCUUUUUUUUUUUUUUUUUUUUCCGCUGUCUAAUAUCCACUCAGGGAUCGUCUGAGUGGAAUCUGCAUGACAAAAUAGUCAAUUUAUAGCUGACUAUUCUUUGGGAAGUGUGGCCACGCUCUAAAGAGCAGCAGAAGUCGAGCGUUUCCGACCACGAGUUCGAUUCUGCGACGAAUGGGACUCAAAAGAUGCGGAGAGCGGUAUUCUCCCACCAUGUGAUCUGCACGAAACAUCUGGAAGAACCACAAACGAUUUUAAUUUCGCUUUGUGAGCUAACAGGAACUUAGAGAUCAUUUUAACAACGCGGAAUUUAUGUGGAAUUGAGGGACAUUAACCCUUUCACUUUCUGAACAUAUCCGCAUUUGACAACGAAACUAAUUGAAGCGAUAUGACAGAGGAAUUGGAUCUUCUCCAUCUCAAGCGUUUGCAAUGCUUCAACGAUGCAGUAUUUGCCAUUGUGGCGACCAUUUUAGUUCUACCUAUCAGAAAACUCGAGGAGAAUGCGACAGAAAGCUCCAGCCUUGCCGAUCAACUUAGCGACAAAUGGCCGCAGUUAUUGAUCUACCUUGUAGGGUUCCUCGUAAUUUGUGCCGUAUGGGAAUCGCAUGUUGUGCGCUUCCGUAUCUUGUCACGGCUCGAUGAUGUGCUAGUCUGGUUAAACCUUGGAUCGUUGCUAUUCACUUCGUUUCUCCCUUUCACGUGCGCUUUAGAGGGAAUGUUUACCUACAAGUACCUUCCCAUGAUGUUGAUCUGCGGAAACUUGCUCAUUCUCGAAAUCCUGGAGGUGAUCAUGAUCGUGUACGCCUUUCAUCAUCCACGGCUGCUGGACCCCGAGUUUGAGAACCUCUCCCAUCAUGAAAUCCAACAAAGGAUGAAGCUGAUGCUGGUGAAGAAAGCUGUUAACCCCUUCCUGUAUAUUUUAGCUGGUGCAGUUAGCUUGGCCAAGAUAGAAUUGGCCCUUAUUGUUGUGGCGAUUGUUGUCUUCUCUCCCUGCAUUAAUCGCCUCGCGGGUGUUAUCUAUCGCAAAUGGACUCGUGUGCAUCUAACUGGAUCGGAGUUCGAUCGCAUGUUUGGGAAUUUCAUCGACAAAGAGAGAGUGGAGUUUUUCAGUGAUGGACUUUUCGCGAUUGUUUCCACUCUGUUGAUCCUAGAUAUCACUGCUGAAGAUUUUCCAACGGAAGAGGAAGUCAACCGCCAUGGCAUCCAGAGCACACUCCUACACAUGAAGUCGGAAAUUUUCACGUAUGGAGCGACGUUCGUGGUGGUCGCGCUUUUAUGGUUCACGCACCACUCGCUAUUUCACUACAUUGAGAAACUGAAUCAAGUCAUGCUCGUUUGUAACAAUAUUUCCUUGGCCUUCGUGGGUCUUGCUCCUUUAAUCAACGUAACGCUUAACCGUUAUGCAGGGCAUGGCAAACCCGAUAGCCGUCUUGCAGUGCAAACCGGGGCGAUAAUUGUAUUCAUGGCCAGCACCAGUCAGGCUGUAGUGUUUGUGAUCGCCUUAUGCAAGGGUCCGAACUAUCUAAUGGCGCGCGCGAAUCCUAGCGUGGGAUCUCGUACGCACGCGUAUCUCGCGUUGAAGAUGGCCAUACUUCCACUGAUAACGCUCGUGGUAUAUUUAGUAGCCGCGCUGUGCCAGCAUGCUUCGCUCUCUGAUGACGUGUAUCACAUCGCUGCAGGGCUGACACCCAUGAUAUUCAUUCUCAUGAAAAUCGUGUUUUCCUGUUUCAAGGUUCACUGUAACUGCAGACAGCGGAGAAGGGGAACGGUGCGACAAGUCGAUUCGGAAUUUUACUUUUUUGCAGGUGACUAA